AUGAAUAGGAGUCUUCUAAAGCCGCCUUCAGAGGAAGAAAUACGCCAAGCAAUUUUUAAUAUGCAACCUUGCAAAGUUUCAGGUCUGGAUGAGCUGACACCAUUGUUCUAUCAGCAAUAUUGGCCUAUCCUCAAAACCAAGGUAACUGCUGCGUUGUUUUCCACUCGGCUUCGAGAAUGUAUUCCUUCUGUUGUUAGUGAGACCCAAAGUGCUUUUGUCACUGGACGCCAUAUCACUGAUAAUAUUUUGAUUUCUCAUGAAAUACUUCGUUAUCUAAAAAAUAAGCAUAAAGGUAAAAAUGUUUUUCUUGCUUUGAAGCUUGAUAUGAGUAAAGCUUGUGAUCGUAUUAAGUGGUCUUUUUUGUUUGCUAUGUUGGCGAAAUUGGGAUUUCACCCUCAUUGGAUUAAAAUUAUCCAUGCUUGUAUUUCUACAGUCUCUUAUUCUGUGAUGAUUAAUGGGAGCCAUGUUGCUCUUCAACAUAGAGUGUUAUCCGGUAUCCAUAUCUGUCUCUAUGCGCCUCCUAUUUCACAUUUAUUUUUUGCAGAUGAUGCGAUUGUUUUUUGCCAAGCUUCACAGUCUGAAAUUACAUUUCUUAAGACUCUCUUAAAAACGAGUGGCGGCUCGCUUAGCAAGUUGGACAUCGCUCUUAUUGUCACAGGCUGGGUAAAGCGGGGGCGUCUUCCAAUAUUCACUAGGUUAAAUGGGAUUUCUUAUGUGCAUCAAAAGAUAAAGAAGAAGCGCAAUUGGGAUCUAAUCCUUCUUGGGCUUGGUGGAGUAUUUGGUUUACGCAACAUCUCAUUGCAAAUGGAUCUAGAUAGAUUGUAG